CCCACACUGCCAGUCCGCUCCACAACCUGAGAUAUUUUCCUCUCUCUCCCGGCCGCCAUGCUGCUGCGGAGCGCCUCCUCGCCGCUGCUCAACGCGGCGCGCGCGCCGGCCGUGGCGGCAGACCACGCCAACCUCGUGAUGGUGCCGGCGGCGUCGCCGGCGGGGCAUCGCCAGGGGUCCCUCUGCCGCGCAUUGUCCGAGACCGAUCUGCUGGCUUCAGUCCCCAUCCCGGCCGCAAGAACCUCAUCCGCCCCCGCCGUCUUCGUCGAGGAGGACGAGGACGCGCUGCAGGAGGAUUCCGAAGACGAGGACGUCUUCCGCCGGCUGCUACUGACGAGCGCGGGGCUGGACCUGGACGCCGCCGCCGCGGGGCGGGAGGAGGCCGCGCUGUCGCUCCUCGAGGGCGUCGGGGGAGGCGGCGGGCGCGGGAGGGCGUGCCGCGGCGGGCGCGGCGGCGAUGGCGACGGACACGACGGCAGCGGCGCCGCCGACGCGCACUACCGGCGCAUGAUCAGGGCCAACCCGGGCAACUCGCUGCCGCUCGGGAACUACGCCAGGUACCUCAAGGAAGUCGAAGGGGAUGCGGCGAGGGCGCAGGAGUACUGCGAGCGCGCCAUCGUCGCCGACCCCGGCGACGGCGACGCCCUCGCGCUCUACGCCGGGCUCGUCUGGGAGACCAGCCGCGACGCCCAGCGCGCCGACGCCUACUACAGCCGCGCCGUCCAGGCCGCGCCCGACGACUGCUACGUGCUGGGAUCCUACGCCGGCUUCCUGUGGGACGCCGAGGAGGAAGACGAUCUCAACGACGACGAACAGCACCCUCCGGUGACGCCGCCGUUCUUCGGGGCAGCUCAGCCACCCUCCGUCAGAGCGGCAUCUUAGACGAAGAAUCGGUCUCACUGCCAGUGAACAAACCGCGUCUGGAAGAGCGACGUGCCACAGUGACGGCGGCCUCUGAGGCGAGCCACCGUCGACGCCGGCCAGCUCCGUAGACUGAAUAAACUAAGUCAGGCUACCUGCAUGAUGAAUCUGGAUUCUGGAAGAGCGCUACCCUUCUAAGGUUGGUAGGAUCAGCAGCACUGAAGAAUAAAUAUCUAGCUUAAUAAUAAGGUUUGAUGUAGGGUCAGUAUCUAGCUUAAUAAUAAGGUCUUGUACAUGUAGAAUGUUCUUGAUAACAUGCAUGGUGUAUGUAGCAUAUGUACCGCCUGUGAAUUACAGUAAACGUCAGAAUCGUUUGUGUCCCAGCA